AUGUCUUCUUUUCCCGGCAUUUUUUGGAACAGUGAAGAGGGCCUUGGGAAAGAGGGGAUAAGGAGUUGCGAUGGAGAUUGUAGUACUGAGGCAACCACGGGGAAAGACAUGCUGAUUGUCUAG